AUGUCAAUGAAAAAUCAUCAAAAAGCCAACGUGCCGAGUUCGGUGAACCUGGCCAUUCCGGUCAAAAAAGACAAAAAAAGAGGAGGCGAGGCAAAAUCACUGUGGGUUUUCGGCCGAGGACCUCGAGAAGAACUCCACUUUUCAGCGGUAACAAAGAACGAAAAUCAUCGCACGCGGACAUGGCGAUGGUGGAAGUGCCGGGGAAGAGGGAGGCGCCGCGGAAGGAGAACAAGAAGAUUAAGAUUGUGGCGAAGAAGGAUCCGCGGAAGUCGACGCGUCGCAAGAAGAGCUCAUCGCUGACGGCCGAGGAGGCGCCGAGCGGACCGAGCAAGUCGAAGAACACUUCGGACGAGAAGUCGGGCGAGAAGAAGAAGGAGGAGCCGGCACUGCCGCCGCUGAAGAAUACGCUGUCGUCGGCGGAGAAGCGACGAAAGACUGGGGCGAAGAGGACGUCGAAGGAACAGUACUUCAACAUGGAACUCGCGCAAAAGUUCUUCUCGCAGAUGAUCGAAACGCAAACAAAGAACCGGAGGGAGCAGAAGACGCGCGAGGAGGAUUCGCUGAUGGAGACGAUGCCGGAGAGCAGUCAGAUGAGCAGCGCCUCCGUCCGAUCAACAAAGAACCUUUCGAAGCGGAAGAAGAAGAAGAAGAAGCCGUUGGAUCGGAACAUCUUUCGAGAGAACGGAGACCCGGUGUGGGUGGUGCAGGACAAAAAACUGGAGGAUCAAGUGGUCAACUCGGCGGGCGAGAAGGUCAAAUAUCCGGAAUUGAUGGCGGCGCUAGAGGAGGACGGACUGGAGAUCGAGGACGGCAAAGGGUGGCUGAAAAAGGUGACACAAUACUUCGAGGGCACGCUCAACGACGGAAAAAUGGACCCUCCGGCGCAGGAAGAGCUCGAUCCGUUCGCUCCGAUGGACGUGCUCCAGGAGCACAAUGAGUCCUUCUUCGGCAAAGAAUGCAUCGUCUACAACACCACCGACAAUAUUAUCAAUCUUUCGGAAAGUGAGAGAAGUUCACAAUAGCACAACGAACUAGUCUUUUCUUUUUAGAAGCGAUCGCCCGAUUCAUAAACGGAGAAGACCAGGGCUCGAAGAUGCGUCGGAAUGCCGUGAAGGAGAAGAAGGAGACGGAGCCGGCGACGUGUGUGAACACGUCCAUCAGCUUCGUGCCCAUCGAAAAGAUCUAUUGCAUUAAGUACGAUGUGAGUCCGUUCUUCCCAUUCUACAGUAAUCCCCCGCUCGUUCAGCGUCGUCGCCCGAUCACAUCGAUUCAAAAGUUCCGCAAAAAGUAUAUGCAGGAGAUGUUCCGAUUGUCCACAGAGCAACCCACUCAAAAGUUAUCUUGUGAAAAGGAUAAAUAG